AAAUCCAUCAGUUCAAACCGCAGCCUUGCGCCGACUCUUUUUCAACUGGGCCAGUAGAGUCAAACGUUGUUAGCUAGCAUUGCUAAGCUGACAUUUGAAGGAAAAGUGAAACAGAAACACAUUUCUUUUGAAAGUAGUCACAUAAGUCAAGCAAUAGUACGGCACAUCGUCCAUAUUCUUGAAAUCGGUGAGUAACAUGAUGGUUAGCUAGCUAGCUUUCAGCGUUCGUGAAGUCACGUUUUAGCCCAUAGCCUGACAUGUUGACUAGUAGACAAAUUCUGAAUUAACAAUGCUAGUUGAGUUCGAAUUUGGCUAGCUAUCUUGGCUGACAAGAUGGGAAUUGCGUUGUUUCGUUAUUGGGUACAUUUGGUGUACAGUGGAUUGAUAUCCUUCCAGUUAAAUCCUCUUUAUUUACUGACAAUGUUAUCUUAAUGUAUCUUCAUUUCAGUGUUAGUGUGACAGCUGAGUACCAGAAACAACAAGCCAUGCUGACGUGUGAGAUCUGUGGCGAGGAAUUGGUGUUGGAGGAGGACAUGAAGACCCAUCUCCUCCUGAGCCACCUGGAGAAUGACAUGGGCUGCCCCCUCUGUUCCCUUUCCAGAGUCUCCUACGACGAACUCCACUUCCACAUCAAUACCGCACACAAAGAGAAACAGGACCAUGACGGAGCAGAGGGUAGAGGUGGUCACAGUCUUGUCAGGCCCAGCUCAAUGCCUAUUCCCACCACCACAACCACCAUAGUGGACAGUCACUGCAAACAAGCCAUUGGUUUGUCUAGGUCUGAGGGUUCUGAAGGAGGAGUAGCCAAUGGGAACAGGUUUGACACCAUUGGAGGAGGGGUCUCACUCAGGACAUCCAAUAGCACACUGGUGUCUAAGGAGCUAAUGACUGUAACCCCCACGCCUCCAGGGUACACAGCUUUUAGUGGGGGGGAGUCCAGUGGAGGGCGAGCAGUGGCCAUUGUUGGACCCACCUCAUCAGUGUCUACAGGCUUUCUGAUAUCAGCUCAGGACUCCAGUAGGCCUACUAGCAGACACUGUCAUGCUGAGGAGUCUUUGGGAGUGGGAUCCGCAGAGCACACCAAAGUCAAACAGAAGCGUUUCUCCUCCCCACUUAAAGGUUGAUUUAAGUGUGUUCGAAAUGUUUGUUUAUUCAACAUGUUGUUACAUCUGUACUGACUAAUAUACGUUGGUUUGUUGUACUGACAGAUAUGAUUUGGUUUGUCAUACUGAGUGAUAUUAGUUGUUUUUUUGUACUGAUAGCCCAUUGAUGAACUGUCAUUGCAUCCAAUUAACAGUCCAUGCUAUCUGGCGCUUGCGGGCAAUGUGUAAACGUCGGUACGCUCUGCCUCACUUAAAUCAAUCGUUGAUUGCAACACGUUUUUGUAAACCUCAUCAGUUUGUUUUUUGUACUGACUGAUAUUAGGCCUAGUUGGUUUGGUUGUACCUAAGAGGGAGGCCCAACUAGGCGGAAAAUCUGUCUCCCUCCAGCAGGUGGCGUUUUUUCGUUGUUUCGCCCACCAAGCAAGGUCAAUGAGAGUGUCCAAGUUGGUCAACAAAAAAAUGUAUGGCUUAUCUGCUACGUGAGGUUUAUUUGAUCUAAUAUAAGUUUUGUAAUGCUUAAGUUGUUAGGAGUGUACUGAUAUAAGUAGGACACAUCUUUGUCACUUGAGAAAAAACACACUGUCUGGAGAUGGCUAUGCAUAUUCAUGGGAUGAGGCUAGUAGCAUCUCACUCCAGUGGAUACAGGCGGUUGACUUCAACAACCCUCAUCAAAUAUUCAAAAAAGGAUUACAAUAAUCCACCAAUCCAAAGAAAAGAUAGGCAGGAGCUAGACAACCUGCCUAAUAAAUUACAAAGACAAGACCCGAAUGAAAGACAAACACAUGAUAAAAAAAACGCAUAAGACACCUAAGAAGGCACCUGCACGUUAAUAGCCAUAAAAGAUGGAGACCAGUUUAAGAUAAAUACUGUUUAAGAUCUAUCCUACUCCUGGGAAACAAACAAUAACAACAUUCCUAUUAAGAAGGCAUCAUACAUUAGUCAUUUACACUCAUUAAAAUGCCUCAUGGCUGUGGGUAAAAAUGGCCUUCUGAACUGCUCUGUGGAGCUUCUGGGCAGGAUGAACCUGCUACCGAAGCUUCUCCUGUGCUGCAUUCGAGUGCUGUGUGGAGUGGGUUGAAAAACUCCUCGCUAAGGAUUGCAUUAGUCUUGUCAACAUCCUGUGUCUCAUUGUUAUGUACUGUGUGUCUGUUGUAGAGAAGCAGUUUCCCUGUCCUAUGUGUGCUCUGGUCUGCACCGAUGCCUUCAUCCUACAGGAACAUGUUGAAUUGCACCUGCUAGAAGAGAGCACAGUUGAAGGUAUAGUAUCUACAGUUCAGAACAUAUAGACUACACAGACCAUACUGUUACUGUACAAACCAGCACUCAUGACAGGCUGAGUCUACACAGUUCAGCACAGACAGAACAUGGUGCCCAAUCCAUUGUGUAAAGUCUCUGACAUCUGUAUCUGUCUUUUCAGAGGCUGUCCUGGGGGCCACAUCAUCAACCGAGGCAGCAUCACCCUCAUCCAGCAACAGCUCAGGUUCGUCUCAUGUUUUUCAUCAUAGGAACAAAUAUAGUUCAACCAAACAAAGGAAGGAGAAGCCUGCCUAUGUCUGAUCCACAGAGGUUAAGGCUCUCGGUCUGCUCUCUCUCUGCUCAGUUCUAGUAUUCCCCCAAAAAGCAAAAUGACCUUGCAAGAGAGGUUUUAUCUCAACAAGAAUAACCUGGAUAAAUAAUGAUUAAAUAAAAAUCCCCCGUAGCUAUCCCCGUUAACCACUGUGUGUGUCGAUGACCUCGUCCUCAGGUGGGAAGAGUUAUGAGUGUCCCAUGUGUUCUGUGGUGUGUGGCGACUGCUACUCCCUACAGGAACAUGUGGAGGUGCAUCUGGACUAUGGCACAGCCACUAGUGCAGGUAUGGCUUGAUUUAAACAAUCAUAUGUGAUGGGAACAGAGGUUUCAUUGGGAUUUUAUAACUGAUGCCUGGGGGAAAAAUAUACCAAAAAUGUGUUUCUUAACCCUUUACACUUGUGGGAAUUGUCCUAUAUGGAUAGGGCUAAAUUGAAAUGUUUCUUAAGGAAUAAAUAUGAAAAGCAUAUGAAUAACCAUGGUAGCAAUUGAAAGGGAUCAUUUGGAGAUUAUGGGGAAAUUAUUAGACCAAAGGUGAGAACACAACAGUUCACAAGACUGAAUCAAAACAUUACACUGUUUUGUAUGUGCAUUUUACAUUUACUGUACUUUUCGCUGCAUUUGUUGAUAACGAAAUCUGAAAAUACAUUAUAAGAAUAUUCCUGGAAAAUGUGGGGUAGGUGCAACAUAAGAAAAAAUAAAUACAAGAGUUUGAGUGAGCGGACUAACUGGUGUCUCCAAGUGGCCACACACCUCUCCAAAGUGUGCACAGUUCCUAAGUCAUUUCAAUGCACUUAUAUGACUCAAAGAAAAGUCUUCAACUAUAAGGUUAUUUUUUUGAGCUCUCCUAGCUGUGCUGUUGAGGAACUAGAGCAAGCACACUAGUAGUUAUGUUUGGAACACAGCCCUGCGUCCCGCCAUCACACAAUUACUGUUGUUGUUUACACAAUCCCAAAAUUGUCCGUUAUAAUUCGCAAUCUGGGUCAGAUGGGCAUCAUUUGAAAGCCUGUUCUAUUGCCAACUUGACUAGCUAAGUUAUAAAAUACAAUAUUACAGUGCUAGGUUUUCACAAUGCAAUUCAGAGAAACGGAUCAUCAUUUUGAUGCGUAUAGAAAUAAGUCAUGAUGAGUGCAUUCAGGUGCGUGUGCCACGGCAAAUUUUCUUCACAAUAAACAAACAUGGGCUCAUUCUGUUCAGAACAACCCAGGGUAUUACGCCAUGACAUCUUGUAACUGCACAUCAAACAUAGUGAUCAUAAAUGUUGACACUGUAUAUUACACAAGUUUUAUGAUUUGGAUAUGUGAAGUGCACAUUUGGAAUCGGGUGUUUGGCUUGCUUGUAUGACAUCAAAGCGAUAUUUAUUAUAAUCCUCAACAUCUCAUCUUUCAAAAUACAUUGAGUCCUCUUAAUUUACAGCAUUUCCCUCACUCAGACAACAAAAUAUUUGCAAAAGUUGCCCAAUUAGCGGGAGGUAUGGGCACAACUUCUUGUCACGCGAGAUGCUCAUGUUCAGAACGGCUGUAUGGGAAAAACCCAUACGGCUCUGUGAAGCGCAGAGCCAGAGCUCUGACAUCAUGUAUAGCAUGUUACUGUACAGCCACUGCGUUCCAAUUUAGGCAUUUAUUAGUGCCCAAAUCUGCUAUUUUCAACCUGUAUAUGGGUACGAGUGUAAAGGGGUUGUGGUCCUCUGUAGCUCAGUUGGUAGAGCAUGGCGCUUGUAACGCCAAGGUAGUGGGUUCGAUCCCCGGGACCACCCAUACACAAAAAAUGUAUGCACGCAUGACUGUAAGUCGCUUUGGAUAAAAGCGUCUGCUAAAUGGCAUAUUAUUAUUAUUAUUAAUGAUAAAUCUAUUUAGUUCCCACUUUAUGCUUCCAACACGUUUUAUCUCCUGCUUAGAUGUAGCCAUGUUAUGACAAUGUUAUGACUGUUAUUAUACCAUAAACAUGUAAACACAGGGUCUCGGUAGAGAUAGAGAAUGGUGUAGUACCCCGUAUUUGAUUUGCAGAUGCACUUUAUUGCCAGCCAGCUCCUAAAGUUGCAAAAUCAUUAUGUGUAAUUUGUCCUUUGUGUGUCCGGUUUUGAACGAUGAAUUUCCCUCUGGGGACUAUGAAGUUUGAACUGAACCAAACCGAACUUCUACAACCUGCUAACAUAUGCCGCUGAGCUCAUACAUGCAGCUGUCCUCACAUCUGUUUUGUGUGUACAGGGUUGAUUCCCAUGGUGUAUUAGAGAGAGGGAAUUGUGACUGACGCUGUGUUGCUGUGUGUGUUGCAGUGAGCCCUGGCUCAGACCUGAGGCUGGCCAGAGGACUGCAGGAGGAGGAGAAGGAGAGGAGGAAGGAGCAGGAGGCCAAGCGGGAGGCAGAGGAGUUCAAGAAGCUGCAGGUUCUUAUAAAGCACAACCAUAAUAACCCUGGAGUAGUGGAUUUGACCUUGCUGCAUGAUGCACAAUAUGACGUGUGUCUGUGCUUUGUCACAUGGCUUAUGUAGGGAGUGUAUGUGGUUUAUUUGUGUCUCUGCACGUCAGCAUAAUUGAAAGUAUACGUGUGUCUGCUCAUGUAUGCUGAGUGUGGUGGUGACCUCACCCUGACCCCUUGCUGUGUGUGUGUGUGUGUGUGUGUGUGUGUGUGUGUGUGUUUAGAGGCAGUUUGGUGUGGACGGGAGGGGGGGCUACCGCAGACAGAUGGAGAGGACCAUGGAGAAAGCCGUGUCUCGAGGUGUCAUGGUGCCUGCUGACUUCCACAACAAGAGAGCAGAGAUGAUGGAGGCUCUGGCCUCAGGGGUCGACGAUGGCAAGACCAGAACGCAGGGUGUGUGUGUGAGAUUCAGUUUCUUAUCCGGAUCUUGACUAACAUAGCUCCCUCAUUAUUCACUCUGUUCUCAAACUGAGUUGUUCAGAUCACAUCAUGUUAUCUGUUUAUACAGCUGUCUAGCUACCACCUACAUCUCUGGCAUUACUCAGAGACACACACAGGAAAUGACCCCCCCCCCCCCCUUUUCUCUUUGUCAUUCUCUUAGUUUAUUGUAUUCCUCUCAUUCUGUCAGGCGUGCUGGGUGCUCUGUAUGUUUACUACCAGAGGGAGGCCAGAGACUGUGUCCACGUGUGGCUGAGUGCUGAAACAGACCACUACUGCUCGUCAGAGGGGGAUAAGGGCUGGGGAUGUGGCUACAGAAACUUCCAGAUGCUCCUGUCCUCUCUGCAAAGAAUGGAGCCCUACACUACCUGUCUCUCGGGUACACACAGACAGAAACACAUAUUCCAAAACAUCACAUUCUACAAUUGUUUACCAUUCUGUCAAACCCAGUAGCUGUCUGGAUCGCUUAAUGAAACGGUUGAAUGCAGCCCUCUCAAAAAGCCUUUCCACCAUGUAAUCUCCUAAACUAACUUUCUCUCUUAAAUCUUCUAUCGAUGGCAUGUUUUCCUUGAGGGCUCAGUACCCAGCAUCCCCCAGGUGCAGGUGUUGAUAGAAGGGGCGUGGCGGGAGGGGUUAGACCCACAGGGCGCAACCCACUUUAACCAGCGACUACAGGGCACACGGGCCUGGAUAGGAGCUACGGAGAUCUACGCUCUCUGCACCUCCCUCAGAGUCAGGUUAGAGCUCAGAGAGUCACAUACUACACGUAUUAGAACAUAACACAUUUGUGUAGCCAGCUACAUUUGAAUUAGAUACACCUGAAUGGACACACACACAGGGAGUUUACAAAAUAAAAAGUAACACCUGCUCUUUCCGUGACAUAGACUGACCAGGUGAAUCCAGGUGAAAGCUAUGAUCCAUUAUUGAUGUCACUUGUUAAAUCCACUUCAAUCAGUUUAGAUGAAGGGGAGGAGGCAGGUUAAAGAAGGAUUUUUCAGCCAUGAGACAAUUGAGACAUGGAUUGUGUGUGUGCCAUUCUGGGAGUGAAUGGGCAAGACAAAAUAUUGAAGUGCCUUUGAAUGGGGUAUGGUAGAAGGUGCCAGGCGCACCGGUGUGUGUCAAGAAUUGCAACGCUGCUGGGUUUUUCACACUCAACAGUUUCCCGUAUGUAUUAAGAAUGGUCCACUACCCAGACAUCUAGCCAACUUGACACAACUGUGGGAAGCAUUGGAGUCAACAUGGGCCAGCAUCCCUGUGGAACGCUUUUCGACACCUUGUAGAGUCCAUGCCCUGACGAAUUGAGGGGAGGGGGGGUACUCAAUAUUAGGAAGGUGUUCCGAGUCACUAUAGAAUGUACGUGGUUGAAAAUGGAGUCUGUUUUCAGUCAGUUACCUCUAACCUGUGUCCCCACAGUGCCCGUGUUCUAGACUUCCACCAGCCCACAGGCCCAGGGGACACUCACCCCCGCCUCUUUGACUGGGUGAAGCAGUACUUCUCUCAGACUGCCACCAGAGGUGCCAGACUACCGCCCCGGGUGGUGCAGACCACACAGCCGCCCCUCUACCUCCAGCACCAAGGUAGUCUUAACAUGGGUUUAGUGGAUUGGAUGGAAUAGGUGAUGAUGUGGGUUACACGUUUAUGGCGUGUGUCUAUUUUAUGUUUGCUUGUUUGUCUUUUAGUGCUGAGUGAUUAGUGCUUUUUGAGGUCGGUUCUGUUUUGGUUUGAUUAUUUAAAAAAUAAUCACGGUUUUCAAUUUCGGUUUCAAUAUUAUUAUUUUACAUUAAAUUCACUAUACAUUAUGUGGGUUGUAUGCUGUAACAACAAUACAACAAUAAAAGUCCCAUGAUGGUAGUGACUGUCCAUUACUGCUUAUCACUUAUUAACCAUCAUUUAUUCACAGUUACUUUACUUUAAUAAAAUAUUUCAGUUGUGUAAAUUACAUUUGUUUUAUUUGAUGACUUUAUUAUUUCAUUCCAAGUCAUCUCAUCUCUAUAGAGCUGCUAACUAUGCUGUCUGACAAAAUCACUAUUUUAGUAGUUCUUCAACUACUAUGACUGCUGAAUACCAACUAUCAAUCACUUAGAUCGUGUAUUUUCAGGUAGAGAUACCUUUCGAAGCAACUGCUUUCCAUCCCUCUCGAUGCACGUGCUCCACACAGACCAGACAAGUAGGGGGGUGCGCAAUGGAUUAUAGUCAUUGUAGUUAAUUACCACGUUUUCUGCACUAAACUAUGUAGAAUAUUGGCCUGUUGGAAACUUCAACUCCCUACUACAUCGCACAGUUUGGGCUUGAUCUGAUUUAUCUCUAGAGAAAUUGCACAUCGAGCUCACAGAACAAAAACGAAUGAAAUGGAAUUAAAAUAAUUGAAUCUAUUUCGGUCAAUUAGUUGAUUAAAAACAGAAAAAUAACUGACAUUUUGGUUAAUCGCUCAGUACUAGUGUGUUUGAGGGAGAUUUGUUUGUUUAUUUUGUCUGAGUGUGUACAUCUGGUGUCUGUGUUAUCUCUAAAGCCGCAUUCACAUUGACAGUUUGAAGUGACUCAAAUCCUAUUUAUUUGCAUAUCCAAAUCGAAUCUAUUAUUUUUCCUGCAGUCUGAACUGCCAAAAAGCACAUGGAAUCUGAUAUUUCAAGCCAUAUUUCAAACCACCUUCAUAGGUGUUUUGAAGUUGGAUACAAAUCUGAUUCCCGGCCAUGUGACAGAUUUAUUUGCACUCAAGUGGUUUUUUAGAGUGUUAUUUGGCAUAUCUUGUUGCUUGCUAGCUACUCUGUUGACAGUUUGACAAGAACACGUGGUAGCUAACUUGCUUGUUAAUUGUUUAACAAGCAAGUGAGUUAAUUCUAGCACAUUCACAAACAAAGUAGUGAAUGUGCUAGAAAGCUAAACAGCUACCUAACCAGCUAGUUGACUGCUGUGGCUAGCCAAAAUAUUCAUUUUGAAAGUUGGAUCAUCUUAUCUUUUGAGGCUUUAAAAGUGUUCUUACACUAUGAUUUUGAACAUUCAAAGCAACUGGAGAAAUGUCCAUGGCAGGAAUUGUUGUCACCUUAGCUUGCUACAUAACUUCUGAGUGAUAGGAAGCACGAGCACCACCACCAAUCAAUCACCCUACACCACUGUGCACACACCCGUCGUUACUAUGACAACCAGCGUAGACAUGUCAGCAAAUGACUGCUGUCUGAUCACACACAUCUGAUUUGGUAACUUGUAACUUACUGUAUGGACAGUCAGUAGUCCAAAAUGGAUUUGAAAAACAAAACUGAUUUCAGCAUUAAGAGCUUUAGUGUGAACAAAGCUUUAGUGUGUUUCCUCCAUGUCUUCUAUCGACAUCCUCAGGCCAUAGCCGCUCUAUAGUAGGAGUGGAACAGAAGAAGAAUGGCAGCCUGUGCCUGUUGCUCCUGGACCCUGGCUGUUCACCUGGAGAUGUGAGGAAACUGCUGAGCCAAGAUGGCUCCACUGUUACCACAGCUGUCCGCCGCAUGAGGAAGUUUCCUGGCAACCUGAAACAUAGGCAGUACCAGGUGGUGGCUGUAGAG